AUGGAUCAUGGUCGAAGAAUCGGUAGAAAGGAAACGCCGUUGACUUUGAAAAGGCCGUGCAAUACGUCCAUCGUAACAGUAACCGAUCCCCCCUAUUCGAAAGACAAGCCCAUAGUGGAAGAUCGUCGUUUAAAAAACUGGAAUACGUGGCUGAGGAGACACAGGAUACAAUGCGAGGCGCUUCGUGGCGGUGUUUCCAAUGCUAAAGCGGACAUGGUGAUGAACAGCUGCGAAGAAGUAAGGGCGCAGAUCGAGAUGAAAAACCUGAUGGAAUACGCCGCUGUUCCGGUGACGCCGAUUCCCGGCAAGUCCACGGGGAGUCCUGGAUUCUGGAAGGUACCACCGACCUUGUCGAACCACGGUAAUCCCUGUCUUCCAGACGUAGGUCCUGUGCUCACGAAGAAGGAGCUCAACUCGUUCCCGACACUGGAGCACAUCGAGGUCCCCAAGUGCAUAAGGGAGGAGAAAAACUUGUCCAAUUUGGAAGGCUUGGUUCCCAGAUGGAAGCGGAAUUCAUACCUCAGUAAAAGGAGACAGGAAUUGGCCAGCAGCAUUGCGAUUUUACAACCAAGCUGCCCUGAAACUGAGACAGAGCUUGUGGUGCGAGGACGGAGGUUUGGCCGUCCCGAAGAAGAGCAAGAAGUGCCUCGUCUUCCCGUGAUUAGUAUAACCGAUGCUUCGAUCGAGAGUGAGGAAUCGGAGGUGAAAAUCACGGUCGACGAAGCAGUCGUUGUGACGUUGGAGAUAAACGGAGUUAGGGUAACCAGAGGCGAAGAGAAUAUUCAUAAGGGAUCGAAGGACCUCGUGUGGUCGUUGACGUUCUUCAACGCGGUCAACCAAAGGUCGAAGAAGUGUCUGUGCUUGGAGAACAAGGGGACCAUGGCCAUCGCUUACGAAUGGCGCGACACCGCUUGGGCCUCGAAGAUUUUACCCUUGGGUUCGAGAAGCGAGACUAGCUUUUUCUUCAACAAGAACAAGGCCUUGAUAUUGCCCGGACAGAAGACCGAGAUUCCGAUUUGGUUCAAGAAACGUCGAGCUGGGAUCUUCUCCGAGUCUUGGCGGCUUGUCACCGAGCCGAAACUUUGUGGGGCGAAUCUAAUCAUGAGAAUGUGGGGAUGUGCUUCUUCCGAAGACUCAGGGUCUGGCGGAUCAGUAGACGCCUACUUGGACCGCUGCAUCCGGGAUAGCAGCGUCCGAGAAACCCUCGACUUCAUCAUCUCCAACGUCAGUCCGUCCAGGCCUCCGGAACCGGCGUACAAAAGCUGUUACUUGGAGGCUGAAUUGUUCCGGGCUAAGAAUCCGUCGUACUUUUAUCACGCGAGUGCGAUCGCCGAGUUGUACAAAUUGUGGGAUAAUUCUUUGGUGUCUGAUGUUGCUGCUACGUGGAACUUGUCUUUGGUCGAAUUGCGAAGUCUUCUUUUCCGGAUCGAUGAUCCUGAGCUCAGAAACAAGCGGCUUAAGGAGUUCACUGAUCUCUGUAAAGAGUGUCUUAAACCCGAUGGAUUUAGUACGGAUAAAAGUGUUAAGUAUGGAGUCGUUUAUAACGUCUUGUGUGCAUUUGCCAAUCGGAUGGAAGAGGAGAAUGCAAUCGUUAAACGAAGUUGCAUUCUCAGUCAGCCGGAUAACGUGGCGUCGAUUAAUUCUUCCAUCGAGAUUUCUCGGGAAAGUUUGUCGCCCAAAAUUAUGGGCACGAAUGAAUGGCAUACUAGCUUGAAGUCCACCGAAAUUCUCUUGUAUGGACAAGUUUUUUAUACGCGCAUUUAUGAACUUUUAGUUGAAACUAUAGAGCAAAUGUGUGCGGCUAUAGACUCUGUCAAUAAUCUCAAUGAGCCUGAACAAUAA